CUCUCUUCCUCUCUUCCUUUCUACCUAAAUUGUCUGUUCCACUUUUCCAUCCGAUGCACCUUAGUAGUGGCAAUGGCCAUCAAACCAGGAAGCCCCGUUAUCGAGGAGAGAGAGACGAAUUUAGCGCAACUAUGGGCCGCAGCGGUAGCGGACUACGAGAAGCAGACGGGGAAGAGUCUCCGACUAGGAGCAUUCAGGAGCAUGGAUGAGGCUAUAAAGGAAACGGAAGGCCUAACUCAGAAGUUCAAAGACUUCCGGAACAAUAAAUCUAAGAUUGCUAAAGUGCGGACGGCAUUUCAGAACAACCUGUGGCUCAUUCAGAGGAUCGUGAAUACCGCCCAGGUGGUCGGAACCAACAUAUCGUCGGCUUUCCCUGCCGCUAUGCCAGCUAAUAUAGUCUUCGCUGCCUUGGGACAGGUGAUGCAGUCCUUUGCCGACCAGUCUGCCGAUUAUGAUAAAGUCAUGGGGUUUUUUGAGCUCACGCACCGGUUUCUGGACCGCUUGUCGAUCAUCGAGAACAUGUCCCCUGCCCUACCCCAGUUCGAACGCUGCGUGACGCGUGUGUUCUCAAGUAUUCUGAGGAUUUGCGCCGUCGCGCAGAGAUAUGUGGCAGAGAAACGACUCAAGAAAUGGUUCGAUAACAUGCUGAAAGGAGAGGAUGCCGACCUGGCCGCAGCCAUGAAGGAGUUAGAGGAGGCUGUGAAUGAGUUGAGCCAGGCCGUGGGUCUGAGUACAUUGAAGCUUGUCGAAGUCCUGCAAGAGGUUACUCAGAGCAUGGAUGGAAAGCUGGACUUUCUCGUCGCAAAGACCACUGCUCUCGACGAGCGAACAGUGACCAUCGAGACCAACACGGGUACGAUAAUGAACCAGAAUCAAAUCCUGGUAUCCAAGCAGGAUGAGAUGGCUGAGAUGCAACGGGCGACAUUAGAGAUGAUUACUGAGCAAAACCGACAGUUCAAUACAGUAAUUGACUAUUUUGGAUCCAUUCAGAUGGGCAGGAAUCUCAGCGAGGACUUUGAAGGCAGCCUGCUAAAGUUGGAUGUGAUCCGGCUGCGACUGUCCCGUUGGCGCCAGUCUGUGGGACUGGCAAAUAUCAAUGAUGUGAACUCCCUUGAAGAGGCAAACAUCUGUCCCGAAGACCUUCCUCGAGUGGCCGACCUCCUGGCUGGAAUUCUAGACCGCUUCUCAGACGCCGAAAGGCUGUCGAAGCGGUUCCAGCUCCGCCGUGGGAGUUCCACGGCCGUGCUAGAUCCAAAAAUGGAACUAGAUGGCGCCUCGGCAUUACUUCACCAGAAGAUGAAUGACCUUGUCGCCCGCCGGAUUGAUCAAUUGCAGGCCGAGUCGAGAGCCAAGUUACCGUUACCGAUCUACGAGGUGAAGACUUUCUCGCGCCUCAUUGAAGACAUUGGAGAGCUGGUGAACGACCUCAUCGACUCAUUUCCGGCUACUCACAACAUACAACGCGGACUGGCGGAGCAGGAGGUAUCAGAGAUGAAAGCGAUCAAGGGAGCGCUUCCACUCUUGAAGGAGGCGGCUGCCGACCAGGACAGUCUGCUCGCAGAAACUGUGGCCAAAGCCAUCCGAGCUACGACGACUAGUACCUACAACCAAAGCGUUGUCUUUUCGGGUCCCAACAGCGGCUUCCAAAUAGGGAACAACAGUGGGAAAAUUAGCAAUGUGCGGAUUGCCUGAUGUACUGAUCUUCUCUCAAUCAAGACUCGUCAACAUAUUAGGCCAGUAAUAGAACACAGUUUUCCCUACGGGAGGGAACAUAUGGCACCCCUUCAUCACCGUCGUUUCUUACGACUACUUA